UAAAUUGAAGUUUGGCAUUAUAGAGGAAAACUAGUCAAACUAAAGAGAAGGAUGAGCACAAGAAAUGAUAUCUCACAAACCCAAAAACGAAAAAGAAACCUCUGUUUCUUCGCCGUUGCUGUUGAAACCCUUUGUUUCACGCCGUCAUUGUUCGAAAGUGAUUAGAAUCCAAUUUUCCAAUAUUUUCCGCCGUUUAUGUAAACAAACGAAAACCUUCUAAACCCAUAUCCAGAAAGUAACAAUAUAUAAUAUAUUUAUAAAAGGGAAAAGAAAAAAAUGAUGGGUUAUUUUCAGAUAGCAGUAGGAGGUGGAAUAAUGGGAGUGAGAGUACCAAUGGUGAAACCUUGGGUUAUCAAGGCAGAGAAACCCAUGGCUCCUGAUAUCUUUUCCGACAGUUCGAUUUUGCGAGGUGGGUCCUCCUCUUCUCGCCGUCGUGACCUCGUUUUCGUCGUUAAUCCCCAAGGUGCUAAUGGUAGGACAAUUAAGGAAUGGAAGAAGCUGCUUCCUUAUCUAAGGUCUCGUCUUGGUACAGAUUAUAAUAUAUGUGAAUCUCUAACUUCGGGUCCUUCUCAUGGAAUCGACAUAACAAGAGAGGCAAUAUUGGAAGGUGCUGAUGCUGUAAUUGCAGUGGGAGGGGAUGGAACUCUUCAUGAGGUUGUUAAUGGAUUUUUUUGGGGUGACCAUGCUGUAACUAAUCUUGAUAGAGAGGCUACUCAUUCAACUGCACUUGGUCUCAUCCCUUUAGGAACUGGGUCUGAUUUUGCCAGAUCAUUCAACUGGAAAAAUGAUCCUCAUGAAGCGGUUGAACGCAUAGCUAGAGGACAGCGAUCACGGAUAGAUGUUGGUGUCAUUAGUGGAGAAACCAAAGAACCUCAUUAUUUUUUAAAUGUUGCUGACAUUCAUUUGAGUGCUAAAGCAGGAUUCUAUGCUUCUAGGUACAAGAGAUUUGGGAACUUGUGCUAUGUGAUUGGUGCUUUGCAAGCCUUUAUUGGGCACCAUAAUCAGGAUCUUAGAAUCAAGGUGAAUGGGAGUGAAUGGGAAGAAUAUUCUCAGGUGACAGCCCUUUGCAUUGGAAAUGGAAAAUACUUCGGGGGUGGCAUGAAGAUUGUACCAAAUGCUGACCCCUGCAGUGGAAAUCUCAAGGUUGUGAUUCUUCAAGACUUCAAGUGGUAUGACUUCAUUCUCAAACUGCAUCAACUCUACAGGGGAACACACUUGUCAGUGAAAAAUGUGUCCUCGUUAAGUGUGCAUUCGAUUGAGGUGGAGGACAUUUCGGGAAGUGGCAGCAUUUACGUUCAGUCUGAUGGAGAACAUUUAGGGUUCCUGCCAAGGAAUUUUCGCAUCUUACCUGCUGCUAUAGAGAUGAUAUGCUGAUCCAAAACAUUUUAAUAUAUUUACGGUGAUCAUGAUACGUUAACUGUGCCUCUUCUGCCAGUUUUCGUCUCUCAGUUGAGAAGUGAUGAAUGGGCCACAAACAGGGGCAAAGGGAAACAAGCUUGAUGUGGAGAUGAUUGUUUUUAGGUUUAGUAGAUUCUGAUUCAUCUGAUAUACUGUUUUGUCCAGCCAAUGCUCAUUGUCUUGUGUUGUUGAAAACAGGGUUGUUUUGUAUUGGAUAUAAAAUAAAUUACACAUCAAUUUUUAUC